UGAAUGGCAAAUAGCUGCUUGAUUUAAAAUGGCUUCAACGCUGAAGGAUUUAUCUAUAUGUGGGACCCGGUUUCUUGCAAUCGCUGAAUCAUUGCUGGGUGCGUACGUUGGAUAUGGAGUUCCAGCGCUCGGUGUCGCCAAGUUCCCCGCUAUUCGAACCAUUACUUCAUGGGUUGAUACCCUACUUACGUGUUGGUUGGAAGGGUGGUAAAAACUUCGCCUCGGCACAUAUCCGAUAUAAAUAUGAAUCAAAGGAAAUAUGCUAGAAGAUCGGCUUCUCCCAACUCCCCCCGUCGUUAUUGGCUUCGUAGCCAUAAUCACAGGGGCCUAUAUUAUCUACCAAUGCUUCUUUUCGCCUCUAGCCGGGAUCCCAGGGCCUUUUAUUGCCAAGCUCACUGGUCUCUAUCAUGCCCACCUCGCAAAUCAAGGGACUCUCCAUCGCGACCUAAUAGCUCUUCAUAGGAAAUAUGGCAAAGUUGUUCGCAUUGGUCGAAACGUCUUGAGCGUUGAAGAAGCUGCAGCAUUUCAACAAAUUUAUAAGGCGGGGAACCGAUUUUACAAGGCCAAAUCAUACGGUGUGAUCCAAGGCAAACGACCAUUUGACCUUGCAGGCGAGAGAAAUGAAAAGAUUCAUUCGGAACAGCGUAGACUAGUAGCUCGUGCUUAUGCUAUGGAUUCCAUGGUUUACCUUGAACCUCAUGUCGAUGCGGUUAUUAAGGAGCUGGUAGACCGACUAAGGGGGUUGAAAUCCCAACCGAUUGACUUGGGGAGUUGGAUGCAACUUUUUGCCUUCGAUGUUGUUGGAGCCGUAAGUUUCUCACGGCCAUUUGGAUACAUUGAGACCGGAGACGACGGCGGGAUAUUCCUCAAAAUCCAGAAUGCUAUGAAGUCCAUUGGAUGGGCUAGACAUGCAUCUUUUAUAUUUCAUGCGCACCAAAAACUCAUGCCAAUAAUUGGGAAUUGGUUGGCUAGCAAUGAUCGAAACACAUAUUUCUUCGAGUUCGCCCGCCGAGAGAUCAAGGCUCGUGUAGAGCGAGGCGGUGACUAUAAGGAUAUUGCGAGCCAGCUUCUCUCGGUACAGAAGGUGAAGCCUGAGCUUAACGAUAUCAACAUAUCCUUUAUGAUGACUAGUAACGUCUUUGCCGGAUCUGAUACCACCUCGACGUCAUUGAGAUCGAUAUUCUAUAUGCUAUUGAAGCAUCCUGCCGCCUAUAAACGCCUUGUGGACGAACUAGAUGACAUGCGACGAAAGGGUGCGUUGAGCUACCCCGCCACCUUCAAGGAGGGGGAAUCGAGUCCGUAUCUUCAGGCCGUCAUCCACGAAGCAAUGCGUCUAUACCCAUCAACCGGUGAUAUCCUUGAUCGAGAUGUGCCAGAGGGUGGCAUGACAAUUGAUGGACAUUUUGUACCGGCUGGGACCGUGGUCGGAUCGAGUCCUUGGGUCAUACAUCGCUCAGCAGAUAUUUGGGGCCCAGAUGUCGAUGAGUUCCGUCCAGAGAGGUGGCUGGAUAAGGAGAAUGAAGGCAAUCUGAAACGAUAUUUCUUCGUCUUCGGCGGAGGAUCCCGUGUAUGCCUGGGCAGAAAUAUCAGCAUGCUAGAGGUUAACAAGCUUGUCCCGACUCUUCUCAUGUGUUUCAACAUGAAAUUAGCUGAUGAUGUAACGGAGUUGGGGGAGAAUUACGGUUCUAUUGUAUUCCUUACAGGAUUAAAAGUGCAUAUAGCACCGCGGGAGCUACAAAUUGACUAGGCGUUCGGAAUGUCGAUACGAAUUGAAUGACCAACAGAUGAAGGUGAGGGAUUGUGGAAUAGAAUAUCAUAUUUGGAGUCUGGAUCACAAUGUGUAUCAGAGGAAUCUAUUAAUUGAGAAGAUUGCUGUCAAUUUGACUAUUGCUCCUCAUAAGUCCACAGCACGGUCUUCCCGACAGGUGUAAAAAUUGCCAUUUUACGGCUCAGGCCCGUAGUAAUCAACAAAGCUAGAGACUCGUGAUACUGCUUAGGUACACUCGGCAUUAUUUAACUUUGGAUGAACUUGAUUUUAGCUUUGAUAUAGUGUUUGAUUGGCCACCUAUCUGGAUAAAGUUACCACUAGGUUACGAAGCAUCCAAUAGGAAAAUGGG